ACCUUUAGUGACACAGAGGAAUGACAGUCAGUGUGCUGAGGUGAUGCACUGUGACAGGCUGCUUUUCAGACAUCUCACAGAAGCUCUGCUUGGUGAAUGAUCGCUCUCUAGAUCGAACCAGGUGUUGGCAGUUUAAUGGAGGAAUCUGAGCCUCUGUUGAGCCGCAGGUCGGAUGUCAGGAGGCCGAACGGACACUGCAGAUGGAGCACCCGCUCCCUGGAUUCCAAGGUUGUGGAGGAUUUCAGGUGGAGGCUGAAGUACUUCUUCAUGAAUCCAUGUGAGAAGUACAAAGCCAGGGGUCGGAAACCGUGGAAACUGAUGCUGCAGAUAUUGAAAAUUAUCAUCAUCACAGUGCAGCUGGUCUCUUUCGGCCUGAGCAACGAAAUGAUGGCUACGUUCAAAGAAGACAAUCUGAUGACGUUCAAACAUCUGUUCCUGAAAGAUUUCAAGGACCACUGGCAGGGAAACUAUGCUCUUUACACUAAAGCUGACGUGUAUGAUCACAUCCACCACAUCGUUAACAGGUACUCCAACCUUGAGAACAUCAGCUUAGGGAAUCUGGCAUAUGAGCAGGUUGAUGGAAAGUACACCCCACUGUCCGUCUGUAGGCUGUUUUAUAGAAACAGCACCAUUGAUCCGGGGAGAGAUACCUUCUAUAUCGAUCCACAUAUUGAUGAAGAUUGUAUUUCCAUAUCCCCAGUGCAGCCGCUUGACAAUAUCAAUCUGGCAAAAAACAUCAACUUCUCUUUAGAUUUCAAAAGGUUGGUCUCAGUUAACAUCAACUUCACCCUGAAAACCAUCAAUCUGCAAACUGUGCGGCAACAUGAGCUACCAGACUGCUAUUGCUUCCAUAUAAAGAUCAAAUUUGACAACCAUGCACACAGCGGAAAAUUAAAAGUGGGUGUUGAUAAUGAUGUCAGAAUUUAUGAGUGCAGAGAUUAUAACGUGAUAGGUGCUUCUGGGAAAAGGAAUUAUCUCCUGUUGAUGUUUGACUCUGUGGUGAUCCUCGCCUGCUUCACCUCCUUCAUCCUCUGCACACGAUCUGUUGUUAAAGGCAUUCAACUCCAGUUUGAGUUCAACAUUUUCUUCCAUGCAUACUUCAAUAAAUUGGUGACUUGGUCAGAACGUAUGGAGUUUGUGAACGGCUGGUAUAUAUUCAUCAUUGUCAGUGACACUCUAACCAUAGUUGGGUCAGUGCUAAAAAUAGGAAUACAAACCAAGGUCCUGACCAACUAUGAUGGCUGCAGCAUCCUACUUGGAACAGCUACCAUGCUGGUGUGGAUUGGUGUAAUUCGGUACCUUGGUUACUUCAAGAAAUACAACAUCCUAAUCCUAACCCUGAGGGCCGCCUUUCCUAAUGUUAUCCGCUUUUGCUGCUGCGCUGCCAUGAUCUAUCUCGGGUACUGCUUCUGUGGUUGGAUUGUUCUAGGACCUUAUCACGACAAGUUCCGAACAUUUGACAAAGUGACAGAGUGCCUCUUCUCUCUCAUAAACGGUGACGACAUGUUCGCCACCUUCCUGAAUAUGAGAGACAAGAGCUACAUGGUGUGGCUCUUCAGCAGAGUCUACCUCUACUCCUUCACCUCUCUCUUCAUCUACAUGGUGCUCAGCCUGUUCAUCGCCCUCAUCACCGACACCUAUGAAACCAUUAAGCAUCACCAGAAAGACAGUGAGCCAGCGUCCCUGCUCCAAGCCUUCAUAGCCGAGUGCCAGGUCCAGCCUGAGUCUGGACCGUACCAAUAUGACGAGGAGUCUUCAAGCUGCUGUCUCCCUCCAUGGGGCUGGCUAAAACAUAUCGCAAAGAUGUAAUGAGCUGUAAGGAUAAAACUCCAGCCGACAAAUCCAAUAUACCCAUAAAGGUCUUUGAUUGUAGUAGCCAGGGAUAAAAGUACCUGAUGGUUGUCUUGUUCAAGAAGAAACAAUGUAACAGCAUAAUGCCAAAGAGAAAUUGUUACCUAAGCUCCAAUGUAAAUACAUGUACACAUUUCCUUUCCUCUGUUUAGAUAGAAAAAACUUGUAUCUAAUAAGAUUUGAAGGUAGCAUGUGGAUGUAGUUCUGCAGAUUUAGGUUGUUAAAGUUAAAAUCUGACUCUAUAUUGACACUUGGACUUUUUGCUUGCUUUAUACGCCUAAGCGUAAUCGAGUCUUGUUACAUGCAGAUUUCUGACUUGGCACAAAAAACAAUGAUUUCUGUCUGUUCUACAAGGAAAUCAAUACAUUUUGGUUCCAACUAAGUCAACAUUUUGGACACACUGACACAAUGCCUGUGGUGCGUUCUGGUUAAGUGGUGAGUGAUUUAUCAGUGAACAAAAGAGAAGGAAAGAGAAGUUUUAAUACUACAUAAUCUGAGCUAAAGAUAUUAUAAUUGUCAGGUUGUGUGGAGGUUUUUAGAGGACCCAAAUACAGAGACGGCUGUGAAGUGGAUUCUUGACAGACAGAAGCAGAUGCAGUCUAAAAAAAAAAA